UUUCUACUUCCGCUAUCAGAAGAUCUACUUCCGAGCCCUGCCUGGCAGUUGAAAGAGUGGCGGGAGAAGUUGCAGGGAAUUAUUUGAUAGCACAUACUGAUGGCUCUAAAGAAGUCAUCACCCUCACUGGAUUCUGAUGAUAGUGACUCUGAGGAGUUGCCAACAUUUGCCUUUCUGAAGAAGGAACCAUCUUCAACAAAGAGGAGACAGCCUGAAAGGGAAGAGAAGAUUGUAGUGGUUGACAUCUCAGAUUCUGAAGCCUCCUGUCCUCCAACACCAGGGUUACUUUCACCAUCUGUCCCAGACACAGCUGAAACUGUCACACAAACACAGCCAGUCAGGUUACUAAGCAGUGGAAGUGAAGAUGAAGAAGAAUUUAUUCCUCUGGCUCAAAGGCUCACAUGUAAGUUUCUGACCCACAAGCAACUGAGCCCUGAGGACUCUAGCUCCCCAAUUAAAAGUGUUUCGGAUCAUCAAAAUAAUGAAGGUGCAUCAUGUGACUGGAAAAAGCAGCCCUUUCCAAAGAUCCCUGAAGUUCCCCUCCAUGAUACCCCAGAGAGGAGUGCAGCAGAUAACAAGGACCUGAUGUUAAAUCCAUGCCGUCAGCUUCCAGCCUACCUGUCUACCUGCCCUGGCCAGAGCAGCAGCUUGGCAGUAACCAAAACAAAUUCUGACAUCCUCCCACCCCAGAAGAAAACCAAGCGGGGUCAGAAGGUCCAGGGAAGAGGCUCACAGGGAUGCCAGCAGCAGAGACAAGCAAGGCAGAAGGAAAGCACCCUGAGAAGACAGGAAAGAAAGAAUGCAGCACUGGUUACCAGGAUGAAAGCCCAGAGGCCAGAGGAAUGCUUAAAACACAUCACUGUGGUGCUGGAUCCAGUGCUUUUACAGAUGGAAGGUGGGGGCCAGCUUCUAGGAGCACUGCAGUCCAUGGAGUGCCGCUGUGUGAUUGAGGCGCAGACCGUGCCUUGCAGUGUCACUUGGAGGAGAAGGGCUGGGCCCUCUGAGGACGGAGAGGACUGGGUGGAGGAGCCAACAGUACUGGUGUUGCUCCGGGCAGAGGCAUUUGUGUCCAUGAUCGACAACGGAAAGCAGGGAAGACUGGACAGCACUAUGAAAGGGAAGGAAAUGCUUCAGGGCUUUGUAACUGACAUCACAGCAAGGACAGCAGGGAAAGCUCUGUCACUGGUGAUUGUGGAUCAGGAGAAAUGCUUCAGCCUGGAGCUGCUGUUCUUUGAUUUCCUCCCCUGCACCAGUGCUCAGAAUCCUCCAAGAAGAGGGAAACAGGGAGCAAAUAAACAGACCAAGGAGAAGCGGCAGAGACGACCAGAGGCCAGCAUAGGGUCCAUGAUAUCCAGGGUAGACGCUGAAGAGGCAUUGGUGGAUCUGCAGCUACACACAGAAGCCCAGGCUCAAAUUAUGCAGAGCUGGAAAGAGGUGGCCGACUUCACAUGCGCAUUCACAAAGGCUGUGGCUGAGGCGCCCUUCAAGAAGCUCCGAGAUGAAACUACCUUCUCCUUCUGUGUGGAGAGUGACUGGGCUGGAGGGGUGAAGGUGGACCGUGCUGGCAGGGGACUCGCACUAGUCUGGAGGAGACAGAUUCAGCAGCUGAACCGAGUCAGCCUGGAAAUGGCCAGUGCAGUUGUGAAUGCCUAUCCCUCCCCACAGCUCCUGGUACAGGCUUAUCGGCAGUGUUUUUCGGAGCAAGAACGCCAGAAUUUGCUUGCAGACAUACAAGUGCGCCGUGGGGAAGGUGUGACAUCCACUUCUCGCCGUGUUGGACCAGAGCUAUCCAGGCGUAUCUACCUUCAGAUGACCACUUUACAGCCACAUCUCUCUUUAGAUAGUGCUGACUGAUUCUAGCCCUCAGGGAUGAGGAUGAAAAGCUGGAAACUUCCACCUCCCCAACCUCAGAGCCUGACUGCAAUGAAGAGACUGGCAGUACCUCCUGGAACACAAGCCUAGGUGAGGCCCAGUCUUUCUUGGGUCUUAUUUGUGAAGGUCUCUCUACCUGUCAGCUGGGGCAGAGACUGAAAUACUGCCACCUACCCUUUGGCAUUUAAUGUUCCUCUCCUGGCAAAAAUUCAUUGCAAUGACAAACCACCCCCACUCCUACCCAGCCAGCCCUCAAAACACAAAGGCACAAAGACAGUCCACUCAGACACUUAUUUAAUAACUGUAGAAAUCCAAAAGAAUUAGCAUCAAAUCUUGAAGUCGUGAGUGAAGCUGCGGGUUGGCUUGACUGGGCUCAGCCAUUGAGCUGCCUCAACCGGCCAAGGAACGGGAUUAUGAUGACUAUGUGGACUUCUAUAUUGUCUUCAUCUCAUUGUGUCUAUUAUGUAUUUAGUUUCAAUAAAGCAUUUGUACCAAUGGC